GGAGCAGCAGUUGAGAGCUGGCGGUGCUGGGAGCGGGCAGCUGAGCUCGAGCUGGGAAGGGAGGGGCCGGGCGCAAAAGCCGGAGGGUGUGAUGAGCGCGUCAGGUCUCUGCACGGCUCGGCACAGGCGCUGGGCAGCUUAGAGGCGCUGCAGCUGCCCUGCUCGGGGCGGGACUUGGCGGAAUUAACCCCUUCGUGGUUCCGGACACUUUUAACCCCUUGGGGCCUGGAGUGGACGGUUUAACCCCUUGGCGGCUGGAGCGUGUCGGCGGCCCGGCCCGGACGGACGGACUGAUCCGGCCCCAGGCGGAGCUCCCCCGCGCCCCAUCUCUCCCCGAUGUGCGGGCCUGGGGCCGCUGUUGCGAGGAGCCGAGAAGAGGCGAGUGCCUGCCCCUGAGCCCUCCCGGCGGCGGCAGCAGCGAACUGGAGGAGCCCAGCCCGGCCAUGGCUGAGCCCGAGCCCGACCUCGGCCCGGAGCGCUGCGAAACUUCUCCGUCCAAGUGUGCAGGUGGCGCGGGCGGAGAGGAGCACUUGGCGGAGCCGGCCCCCGCCGCCGCGGGGCUGCGCCAGGACGAGGACAGUAGGUGGCAACCGAGAGAAGUGCAGCAAGAGGAGGAGGAGGAGCAGGAGCAGGGGGUGUGUCCGGGGGCCGAGCAGGCCCCUGCCCCGCCGACCGAGGCGGGCCAGGACUCGCCCUGCCUGGAGGGUGGCACUGCCGAGGCAGAGGGCGGGGAGAGCCACCCCCAGCCAUGCCAGCGGGGCUGUGGCGGGCAGCGCUGCCGAGCUGCUGUGGGAGGUGGGCAGGAGGCCUGGCCGCAGCAGCGCCAGCUGGGCAAGAAGAAGCACCGCCGGCGGCCAUCCAAGAAGAAGCGGCACUGGAAGCCUUACUCCAAGUUGAGCUGGGAGGAGAAGCGCAAGUUUGACGAGAAGCAGAGCCUGCGGGCCUCACGCCUCCGUGCUGAGAUGUUCGCCAAGGGGCAGCCUGUGGCACCCUACAACACCACACAGUUCCUCAUGGAGGACCAUGACCAGGAGGAGCCUGACCUCAAGACUGAGUUUUACCCACGGCGGGUGGCCACCAAGUCAGACACCAGCGAGGAGGACUUCAUGGAGGAGGGCGCCGAUGAGGACGGUGGCAGUGAUGGCAUGGGUGGGGAUGGCAGCGAGUUCCUGCAGCGGGACUUCUCCGAGACCUAUGAGCGGUACCAUGUGGAGAGCCUGCAGAACAUGAGCAAGCAGGAGCUGAUCAAGGAGUACCUGGAGCUGGAAAAAUGCCUCUCCCGGAUGGAGGAUGAGAACAACCGGCUGAGGAUGGAGAGCAAAAAGUAUGGGGGGGACUCGGCUGAGGACACUAGGGUAAGAGACCUGGAGCUGGAACUGGACAGGUUGAGAGCCGAGAACCUGAAGCUGUUGAAAGAGAAUGAACUUCACAGACAGCAGGAGACCCCCCUCCCACAGUUCGGGGAGUGAGAGAGACUCAGCUGGGGCUGGGGGGGUGGGGGGGAGGAGGACUUUUUACAGUGUUGGAAUGUAACAUUAUAUACAUAUGUGUAUAUACAAGACAGCGGACCGUUUUUAUGAUGCAUAAACAGAAUAAACCACAGCCUUGUAUUGUUUUGAAGAUAUAGCUAUAGCUUAGUGUGCGUUCUGUUCUUAAUCAUGUGCAACGGAGAUUUCCCUUCUCUGUUUUUUUUCUUUUAAAAUGAUUGUGACUGGGGUGAGGGGGGGGUUGAUGUGUUAAGUAAAACUUGACUCAACUU